AUGAGUGAAGUCGUCGCAACCGAGAUCCCGGCGGGUACGCAAGUCGUCGUGGAGGCCGAGCUGCUCACCUCCGAUGUCGACCACACCAUCGAGGAGGUUCGACAGGCCAACCAUCAGAUGAUGGUGACGUCGGGGCUGACGCCGGCCGGCGCUCCGGGCGGCAAAGUGAAUCGGACGCUGUUCUGCCGGAAAUGUGAGGGCCACGGGAUGCAGGUCGUCUUGAAGGGACACGCAUCCAAGUGCCCGUUUAACAAUUGUAAUUGUAAGACGUGCGCCAACGUGAUGUCGAUGCGUGCGAACGCGAUCAUUAGGCGCUAUCGGCAACGCACCAACGAGUGCGGCUUGGUGCUGAAGCCUGUCCACUUCCGGAACGGAAACACUCGACUCCGCGUCUUUCCCAAGUACAUUGAUGACCGAGACGCCCUGCCGAUCCCGCUUGAUCAACGCCGAGCCGCGGCAGCUGCUCACGGGGGUAUGAUUGUGGAGGAAGUGGCUGAAGUCGAAAUCCACUCGUCGCCAAAACGUACGCAUUCCGGGGACGACAUGGUGGCCCUGGGAAAUCAGGCGACGCCGCAGAUCCCGGAUCCGGCGCAGUUGAACCAGAAUCUCUACGACAUCCUCCUCAGCAACGCCAAGCAGGACGCCCCGGAGUGGAAUGGUGGUCUAUUUUCGCAGCUCGGUCGCGCUUCGGCUGACCUGGAAAGCCCGCCCAUCAUCACGUCGACGCCGAAUCUGGCGGCGCUUCAAGGCCUGAACCUGUCGCUGUUGUCGGCGCUCCCCUCCUCCCUCCUGGCAUCGAUGUCCCUCCAGAACUCGACGAUGGGCAACCAUUUUGCCCCACAUUCAGCCACGUACACCACGGCUGCUUCUACCUACCCGUCCUAUUUGGAUUCGCUGACCAAUGGGGGCGCUUUCCAGAGCCUGUCCGAGUCGAAGCAUUUGCCCGGAUUGAGCAUCGUCCCACCGAGCAACGACGCUGAACUGCCCGUGCAGACGUUGACGCCCAAUAAUAUCAUCAACAACCGACAACCAGCCGAGAAGGAGAACGACGAUAGCAUGAACGGCGCUGAACCUUUCACCCGCAAUCUGUGGAUCGCCCCCGGAGCCGAUCGUACCCAUCCCCUAUGGAAUCAGUUCCUGAACACCGUCCGCGAGCUGGAGAAGAACAUGCUCACCGACCUGUCCGCUAUGGGGUCGCGC